UUGGGUGACCAGUUCUACAAGGAUGCCAUUGAGCAGUGCCGCAGCUACAAUGCCCGCCUGUGUGCUGAGCGCAGCGUGCGCCUGCCCUUCCUGGACUCCCAGACCGGCGUGGCACAGAACAACUGCUACAUCUGGAUGGAGCGCCACCACCGCAGCCCUGGUGGGUAGAGAAGCACUACUCUGUCUGUUGGGGGAUAUGAUGGCUGGCUCUGUGGUUUACUAAAGGGCAAUUCCACGCCAACAGUGAUGCUGAGACUCCGAUUUUUCACUUUGAAAUGUAUGUCAAAUAAAAACAAUGAUUGCGGUUUGUGCUGUCAUUCUGUUAUUGAAGUAAAUGUGCUUUUGUUAAAUGUUCAGUUGAAAUUGUUUAAAGUACCGUAAUUUUUGGACUAUAAGCCGCGCCUUUUUCCCAUUUUUCGACCCUGCGGCUUAUAUAACGGUGCGGCUAAUCUAUGGAUUUUUACAGCUAACGGCCACUAGAAGACCUCCUAGGUAUUAAACAUUAAAACACCUGCGGCUUAUAGUCCAGUGCGGCUUAUAUAUGUACACAUCAUUCAAUUUAGCUGCUGCGGCUUAUACUCCGGUGCGCCUUAUAGUGCGGAAAAUACGGUAGUCCUUGUGCAUACUACAGUUGUGUGGUUUGUUUAACUUUGCAAUCAUUGGUUUUUGUUUGACAUACAUUUUUUAAAGUAAAAAAUCUGAGUCUCAGCAUCAUUAUGUUAGCGUGGAAUUGCCUUAAAACUAUCAUUCAGUUGUUGAGGUUUAGUGGAUAAUGUCAUCUGUCUAAAUAUGUCCCUCUGGCCACUACAGCUACAAACAUGUCUAUAUAAUGAUAUCCAAUAGUGUUCAUGUUACCUCAAGGGAGAACCCUUCAAAUACAGUGCAUUUGGAAAGUAAUCAGACCCCUUUACUUUUCCACAUUGUGUUACGUUACAGCCUUAUUCUGAAAUGGAUUAAAUUACUUUUUCCUUCAUCAAUCUACACACAAUAACCCAUACUGACAAAGCAAAAACAGGUUUUUAGAAAUCUUUGCUAAUUUUAUAAAAAAUUAAAAACCGACAUGACAUUUACAUAAGUAUUCAGACCCUUUACUCAGUUGAAGCACCUUUGGCAGCGAUUACAGCCUUGAGUCUUCUUGGGUAUGGCGCUACAAGCUUGGCACACUUGUAUUUGGGGAGUUUCUCCCAUUCUUCUCUGCAGAUCCUCUCAAGCUCUGUCAGGUUUGAUGGGGAGCGUCGCUGCACAGCUAUUUUCAGGUCUCUCCAGAGAUGUUAGAUCGGGUUCAAGUCCGGGCUCUGGCUGGGCCAAUCAAGGACAUUCAGAGACUAGUCCCGAAGCCACUCCUGUGUUGUCUUGGCUGUGAGCUUAGGGUCGUUGUCCUGUUAGAAGGUGAACCUUCGCCCCAGUCUGAUGUCCUGAGCACUCUGGAGCAGGUUUUCAUCAAGGAUCUCUCUGUACUUUGCUCCGUUCAUCUUUCCCUCGAUCCUGACUAGUCUCCCAGUCCCUGCCGCUGAAAAACAUCCCCACAGCAUGAUGCUGCCACCACCAUGCUUCACCGUAGGGAUGGUGCCAGGUGUCCUCCAGACGUGACGCUUGGCAUUCAGGCCAAAGAGUUCAAUCUUGGUUUCAUCAGACCAAAGAAUCUUGUUUCUCAAUGUCCGAGAGUCCUUUAGAUGCCUUUUGGCAAACUCCAAGCGGGCUGCCAUGUGCCUUUUACUGAGGAGUGGCUUCUGUCUGGCCACUCUACCAUAAAGGCCUGAUUGGUGGUGCUGCAGAGAUGGUUGUCCUUCUGGAAGGUUCUCCCAUCUCCACAGAGGAAGUCUGGAGCUCUGUCAGAGUGACCAUCGGGUUCUUGGUCACCUCUCUAACCAAGGCCCUUCUCCCCCGAUUGCUCAGUUUGGCUGUGCGGCAUGCUCUAGGAAGAGUCUUGGUUGUUCCAAAUUUCUUCCAUUUAAGAAUGAUGGAGGCCACUGUGUUCUUGGGGACCUUCAAUGCUGCAGAAAUGUCCCCAGAUCUGUGCCUCGACACAAUCCUGUCUCGGAGCUCUACGGGCAAUUCCUUCGACCUCAUGGCUUGGUUCUUGCUCUGACAUGCACUGUCAACUGUGGGACCUUAUAUAGACCGGUGUGUGCCUUUCCAAAUCAUGCCCAAUCAAUUGAAUUUACCACAGGUGGACUCCAAUCAAGUUAUAGAAACAUCUCAAGGAUGAUCAAUGGAAACAGGAUGCACCAGAGCUCAAUUUCGUGUCUCAUAGCAAAGGGUCUGAAUACUUAUGUAAAUAAGGUAUUUCUGUUUAUUUUAUUUUAUAAAUUUGCAAAGAUUUCUAAAAACCUGUUUUCACUUAUGUUAUUAUGAGGUAUUGUGUGUAGAUUGUUGUGGAAAUGUUCUUUAAUCAAUUUUAGAAUAAGGCUGUAACGUAACCAAAUGUGUUAAAAGGGAAGGCAUCUGAAUAUUUUCCCAAUGCACUGUAUACAAUUGUGUAAGGAUAUUUAGGGUCAGUAAGCAACACAUUAUGUAUGAGGGUGGGGGGCAGUGAGAUGUGAGGGGUGUAUUCUUUAGUCCCUGUUCCUGUCUCUGUGUGUCUGUCUAUAGCGCUUUUAGAUUGUAAUGAAAAGCGUAAUACAAGUUUAAUGUAUUAUUAUUAUUAUUAUUAUUAUUAUUAUAAUAGGGGUGGCUGCAGGUCAGAUGUACACAUACCCCGCCCGCUGCUGGAGGAAGAAGAGACGGCUACACACUUCCAUGGACCCUCGGCUGCGCCUCUGUGGCCUACAGCUAGGUAAUAGAUAUACCAGUGUACAUCUGACCUGCAGAUGUACACCUCCCCCCCUCCACUCCAGUGUCUCUGCUACGUCUCAUCACCCACUCUUUUGUCUUAUUACUUACGAUCUGGGAUCAUCUAACUGAAAGCACAUUAUUCCAUUUCAGUGUGGAAAGCAAACAGCCUGCUAGUCACUUUUUAUAAAAUGUAAUGUCCUCCUCUCAGUAAUCCAGUAAACUUGUUUUGUGACAACUAGAAUAUGUAACAAAAGGAGUGGGACAGGAAUCACAACACAGGGCAUUUCAUAAAUGUUAUGAAAUGUCGCUGCUCCUCAGAUAAGUUCCUGACCAUUUACUCGCUCACUCUAUCUAUCACCCACUUCCAUUUAUUUUUAGCCGUUCACUCCUUCACUCCCACUCCCACACAUUAACGCGGCUGUCACACCAAAUUGGUUUGGAGCGGUUUUUACGAACUCUGGUGUGUUUUACCCCUUAGUUCGGUUCGUUUGGACUGGUGUGAACACUAUACGCACUCGGGAGCGCACCAAACAACGCACCGUGGUUCUCUCAAAAAGGGUGGUCUCGGUCCGAUUCCAUUCGUACCAUGGUGCGGUUCGCUGCAGGUGAGAACGCAGUCCGAACCAAACACAGGAAAAGAACCAGAGGUGCACAGUAUUAUUGGUGGUUUGACUGCGAGUGUUUUGAUGAAAUGCACACAGUAGCCUCCCAAAACUGAUAUCUCUGAAACAUUUGAGCGCAUCCGAUGCAGAUUAGAGGAGACGAGGCUAUACCGGGGAUAUACACAUACAUGACCAAAAGUAUAUGGACACCUGCUUGUCGAACAUCUCAUUCCAAUAAGAUGGGCAUUAAUAUGGAGUUGGUCCCCCCUUUGCUGCAAUAACAGCCUCCACUCUUCUGGAAAGGCUUUCCACUAGAUGUUGGAACAUUGCUGCGGGCACCUGCUUCCAUUCAGCCACGAGCAUUAGUGCGGUCGGGCACUGAUGUUGGGCGAUUAGGCCUGGCUCGCAGUCUGCGUUCCAAUUCAUCCCAAAGGUGUUCGAUUGGGUUGAGGCCAGGGCUUUGUGCAGGCCAGUCAAGUUCUUCCCCUCCAAUCUCGACAAACCAUGUCUGUAUGGCCCCGUGUAGCUCAGUUGGUAGAGCAUGGUGUUUGCAACGCCAGGGUUGUGGGUUCGAAUUCCCACGGGGGGCCAGUAUGAAAAUGUAUGCACUCACUAAACUGUAAGUCGCUCUGGAUAAGAGCAUCUGCUAAAUGUAAAACAAUUUAAAAUAAUAAUACAAAAAAAAAAGAGAAAAAAAAAGGAAAUAAAUAAAUAAAAUGUAUGGACCUCGCUUUGUGCACCGGGGCAUUGUCAUGCUGAAACAGGAAAUGGCCUUCCCAAACUGUUGCCACAAAGUUGUGGACUCCCGAGUGGCGCAGUGGUCUAAGGCACUGCAUCGCAGUGCUAGCUGUGCCACUAGAGAUCCUGGUUCGAAUCCAGGCACUGUCGUAGCCGGCCGCGACCGGGAGACCCAUGGGGCGGCGCACAAUUGGCCCAGCGUCGUCCAGGGUAGGGGAGGGAAUGGCCGGCAGGGAUGUAGCUCAGUAGAGCAUGGUGUUUGCAACGCCAGGGUUGUGGGUUCGAUUCCCACGGGGGGCCAGUAUGAAAAACAUAAAAAAAAUUAUGUAUGCACUAACUGUAAGUCGCUCUGGAUAAGAGCGUCUGCUAAAUGACUAAAAUGUAAAUGUAAUGUAAGCACAGAAUCGUCUAGAAUGUCAUUGUAUGCUGUAGUGUUAAGAUUUCCUUUCACUGGAACUAAGGGGCCUUGGUCCGAACUAUGAAAAACAGCCCCAGACCAUUAUUCCUCCUCCACCAAACAUUACAGUUGGCACUAUGCAUUGGGGCAGGUAGCGUUCUCCGGGCAUCCACCAAACCCAGAUUUGUCCGUCGGACUGCCAGAUGGUGAAGCGUGAUUCAUCACUCCAGUUUCCACUGCUUCAGAGUCCAAUGCCGGCGAGCUUUACACCACUCCAGCAUUGCGCAUGGUGAUGUAAGGCUUGUGUGCGGCUGCUCAGCCAUGGAAACCCAUUUUGUGAAGCUCCUGACGAACAGUUAUUGUGCUGAUGUUGCUUCCAGAAGCAGUUUGGAACUCGGUAGUGAGUGUUACGACCGAGGACAGACGAUUUUUACGCGCUUCAGCACUCGGCGGUCCCGUUCUUUGAGCUUGUGUGGCCUACCACUUCGUGGCUGAGCAGUCGUUGCUCCUAGAUGUGUUCCACUUCACAAUAACAGCACUUACAGUUGACUGGGGCAGCUCUAGCAGGGCAGAAAUUUGACGAACUGACUUGUUGGAAAGGUGGCAUCCUAUGAUGGUGCCACAUUGAAAGUCACUGAGCUCUUCAAUAAGGCCAUUCUACUGCCAAUGUUUGUCUAUGGAGAUUGCAUGGCUGUGUGCUCGAUUUUAUACACCUGUCAGCAACAGGUGUGGCUGAAAUAGCCGAAUCCACUAAUUUGAAGGGUUGUCCACAUACUUUUGUGUGUAUAUAUAGUGUAGACUACUGAAUAGCCUAUUCACGCUGUAGUUAGAGCGGAUAUUGCGCUGUUUUCUCCCGCAUGUUUAUGGAAGACCAAAGCGAAAGUAAUAUGACGUUUGAGACACACAAGUUAUGCUUCUUGAUAAUCAUAGAUGGAUUUUUUUUUUAAUGACUUGCAUGAACACGUGUUUUUGUUUAGGCAUUUUAGUUUGUUUGACCAAAUGAGAGAAGUACAAUGUAACAAUUAACAAAUGAUUGAACACUGAUUCAUACUAUAGCUCAGAACUGUGUGAAAACGCUGUUAGUCACUCUAGCCCACACUUUCUCACACGAGAGAGAGAGAGAGAGAGAGAGAGAGAGAGAGAGAGAGAGAGAGAGAUUCACUAAGCUCUGCCUGUCACUAACAGUAACACUGCAACAGACCAGUGUAUGUGAUCUGUGUCCAGUAGAGGAGCACUAGCUGCCUUUGCCUAGUGUCUCCAGACUCUCAAACUGAGAGAGGGCCUUCUCCUGUAGCUGGGCAGAGGUAGUUAACGCUGCAGCAAUCCGGAGUAAGUUGCUGGCUGUCUGACUGGCGGUGGUCGAGGGAGACUCGGGCUGCAUGCAGAAUCAGCUCCCUGCUACAGGCUGCCUGCUCUAUUUUUAGCCUGCAGCUCCAAGGGGGGAAAGGCUGUCUAGUCGUGGAGAGUUGAAAGUCAACGUGUGCAGACACAUUGGUGAGGGGCUUCGGUGUGGAAGAGCCCUCAGAGUAGCUAGCAUAUGGUAGUUCGCUAGUCAUAGAAUAACCACUGGGCUUUAUUUUUUAAAACAUUGAACAAUAUGUUGAUAACUGGUAGAACAAAUAAAAGAACAUUUAAAAAUUUUUUUUAUGACUUUUAUUAUUUCAAUCCAAGUCAUCUCAUCUCUACAGAGCUGCUGUCUGACAAAAUCACUAUUUUAGUAGUUCUUCAAAGUAAACAAGGCAUACUUUUAUGACUGCUGAACUAUCAAUCACUUAGAUCAUGUUUUUUCAGGUAGAGAUGCCUCGCGAAGCAACAGCUCACCAUCGUGCAUUCUUCUCUCUUCAGUAGCAGAAAGAAACUGACCGGACAAGUAGAUGUGCAAUAGAUUAUGGUCAUUGUAGCUAAUUACCAAGUUUUAUGCGCUAAACUAUGUCGAAUAUUGGCCUGUUAGAAACUACAACUCCCUACAAUAUCGCACAGUUCAGGCUCGAUCUGAUUUUAUCUCUAUAGGAACUGUGCCAUGUGUGGAUUGAGCUCACAGAAAGAAAAAAAAAAUGAAAUGGAAUUCAAAUUAUUGAACCAAUAUCCGUCAAUUAGUUAGAAAAUAUCUGAAAUUUAGAUUAAUCUCUCAGCACUACUUAAAGCAAACAAAAUAAUUUUACAAUGACAUCUAAACUGUUUUAAAUGUAAUUUGAUACAUGUCAGGGUUAAUUUGCUCAUCUAUGGCCAUAAUAUUGGGUCAAAUGACAUUCCAUAGACAUAUUAUUCAUUACAGCUAAAUAUUGUAAUUUAUUAAAUGAUUUAGUUCCAAACCUACAUAAACACUUUGAAUCGAAUUUCUGAAGCUUCUAUAUUGCCAUAGUCUACGCACCAUAGAAAGACAAUGGAUUUUAUACAGCAUACUAUGAUUCCCAUAGUGCAUUUCACUUCCCAGGGUGCAAUUAUCUGCCCAGGGCUGCUGGCUGGCUACUGCUAGCAAGCCCAGACAUACGCGAAGUAGUCUAAAAUAUAUUGCUGUCAAGUGCAUUUCACAUUACUUUUGGGUUGUAAUCAUAUUAUAAUGCUCAGAUGAAUGUCAUGCUGAAUAGAUGUUCAUGCCAUUGUCACUCAAAUAAUUCAAAUGUAGUUGCUCGUAGAAUAACGACAACGUUACAAUGCAAAUGUCAUGGUUAAAAUAGUUUUUAUGUCGUUUUGGAACUAAACCUCCCUUGUACUGCACUGCUUUGUAACUCCUUUUGCUCAAAGAUAUUAAUAACUAACCCAAGAUAGUUAAUCUGUAUCGUUUACAGUGGGAGCAAAUGAAGCAUAGUGGGCAGAACAAGCAAGGAGGUAGGCAAAGCCAAGCACGAGCUAGUGAGAUCCUAUUGGCGCGUUGUAGAAUGUAUUUGCGUAUUUCUGUUAGGAAACGGCUCCUCUGUGAAGUGCACUUGUGGACAAACUCAAUUCAACCUUGCACUCCUAAACAACACAAUUUUUUACAACUCUGGCAAAGCGUCAAGUCUCUAAAAUGUAGUGCACGGUGUUCGUAACAGAUUCUAGUUUUGAGAACAGAAACAUUUAUUAAGAUCAGAUGUUUCAUCAAUGAGAAAAUGUGUGGAAUGUCGGACCAGUUUAACCUAGUUCCAUCCUCUCCCACUACACCCGCGACUGGACUUCCUCUCACUACCAUAUUUGGUGGUGAGAAACCGUUCUAAACGAAUGCUUCAGCUUUAUAUCCCUUGUGACGUGUCUGGGUUACCCCUUCUGUCUGUGUUUUGCUUAGUUGUUUUGGCGGGAUGGUCCUCAUCUGCUCUGUAAUCAAAGUAUUCCCAUAGUUCACUUCUGCAGACAGUUUUGUCAACAAGCUGUGGGCAUGGAGGUAUGAUGUUUUCAUUAGAAGAAGCCAUGCUGUCUCUCUCCUCUCGCUUGCUUCUCAAAGUGGCUCACGCUCUGUCGAUUGCAUGCGCAAGCGCAAGUAUCCUGGCUAGCUAGUGCCCCCUUGAGAAGAUUCAGACAAAUUACUAGACACUCGAUCCUCUUAAUCCGUAUAUGACGUGAGACACAUUUGACAGAAGUAACAAAAAAGUUUUAAAAAAAUUAUAGUACCAAACCGUUUUUCAUGUUCUAGUGCCAAAGUAUUACCAAAGUUUCGGUGUACCGUGCAACACUAUCUCCACCUCUUACUACUCAGAUCCUCACCUCUUAUCAACUGCUGCAUGUUAGCAUUCAGCUCAGGGAGCGAGACUGCUAGGUGAUUUUACUUGGGGAGAUGAGGGUCUGUGAAGGUAUGAUAUAAAGCUUGAGUCACGGCCGGUUGUGAUACAGCCUGGAAUCGAACCAGGGGGUCUGUAGUGAUGCCUCAAGCACUGAGAUGCAGUGCCUUAGACCGCUGCGCCACUCGGGAGCCCAAUGAAGGGAUUUGGCAUGUAUAGUGAUGCUUUGUAAAAGCAAGCCAUUCGUAUCUUCCUGGGAAAGACUGCCUGUCAGUGUCUUUAGAGUUACUGGUAUACAUAUCAACUUUGAAUGAUGUGACAGGCGGCUCCCGGGUUUGUUUUAUGGUUUGUUUGAUUUAUUUGUGUGUGUUUGUUCCUCUGUAUCCAGAUGGAGGACUCACAGGCAAGGAUACGCUUCCCACACAGGGCACCACGCUGGAGGCUCUUCUCAGAGGGGAGGGCCUAGACCAGAGGAACAACUCUAAGGAUGAGGAGAGUCUCCUAGAAAUCCAGGUGGAUCCUAAUUAAGUUUUAUCCCAAUGGCUUAAAGGGAGAGGGAGUACUCUGAUCUAGGAUCAGCUUACCUGACCUCUGCCAUGACUAUAACCAGUCUGAGCCUAAUAACAUAACUGCCUGGAACAGUAUAUAAGGGCACACUGUUAUAAUGCACUUUAAAUAUGCAAAUAGCUAGUGUCAGAGGUUUAUGGCCUUAUCAGAGUUUAUUACAACCAUCUUUUCUGAACAUGUUUUAUUACCUAAUUUUGUAGUUCCUCAGACUGAGAGUCAGGCAGUGUCUUUGACCUCCAGACGAGAUUGAUCUCUCUAUUCACUUUUCUCCCACCACAGAGGGUGUUGGAGGCUGACGCAGCUGAAGGUGCAUACCAUGACGAUGAGGACUAUGAAGUGGACACGCCCAAAAAAAGACACAGAGGAAAAGGCAGAGUAAGUGAUCCACAGAGACAUACUGUUCUGUAGUAAACUGCUGCUAAUGCAUAUGACUGCCCUAGUUCAUAACUCAUUCAUGGAUUCAGUCCACUGGUACUAUCAAAGAUGGUUUAGUAUGAAGAUAUGUAGAAUCUGCUUUUCCAUUAGAAAUCCCAUUGGCUAGAAACACAUAAUCUAAUGGUGGUUUUGCGCCAAACUGCGCAUGUGCAUGCCAUCAAAUCAAAGGCACUCUUUCGAUAUAAAGUUUUGACGAAAAUGAAAACGUGUCAGUUUGUCACUUUCACGAGGUUGGAGUAAUAACAUGUUCAGCUACUUAAGACAUUGGCUUGAAUCUAGGUUGUGAAUUUUAGAAAUAGAGAAAAAUGUUAACUAAGGAUACAUUUUCACUCAUUGUCUCCUCAAACCCCGGUCUGGUCUGCCAAGUCUGCUUCGCAAGCGUUCUUGGAAGUCUCGUGAUGUUGGGUCUCUGGGUUUAGAAAUUCUGUGGUACUAUAUUUGCAUCAUUACCUGUGCUGCGAGCACUUCCUGUUGUCUGAAUACCACUCAGUGCUAGAGACUGAUCUGAAAAAAUUAAUUAUAAUAUGUAUUCAUAUUGGUACUGUAGUUUAAGUGCUCUUAUAUUUUAAUACUGACAGAAUUAUAUUAUACACUGAGUAUACCAAACAUUAGGAACACCUUCCUAAUAUUGAGUUGCACCCCCCCUCCUCUUUUGCCCACAGAAUAGUCUCAAUUUGUUGGGGCAUGGACUACAAGGUGUUGAACGUUUUCCACAGGGAUGCUGCCCCAUGUGGACUCCAGUGCUUCUCACAGUUGUGUCAAGUUGGCUGGAUGUCCUUUGGGUGGUGGACCGUUCUUGAUACACACAGGAAACUGUUGAGCGUGAAAAACCCAGCAGCGUUGCAGUUCUUGACACAUACCAGUGCGCCUGGCACCUGCUACCAUACCCCAUUCAUAGGCACUUAAAUAUUUUGUCUUGCCCAUUCACCCUCUGAAUGGCACACAUACACAAUCCAUGUCUCAACUGUCUCAAGGCUUAAAUCCUUCUUUAACCUGUCUCCUCCCCUUCAUCUACACUGAUUGAAGUGGAUUUAACAAGGGAAUCAAUAAGGGAUCAUAGCUUUCACCUGGAUUCACCUGGUCAGUCUGUCAUGGAAAGAGAAGGUGUUUGCUACUUUGGUUAUUGAUGCACUCUAUUUAGUGUGCUUUAUUUGCCUUUCCAAGGUGGUCUUUUAUCAGUUGGACAUUUUAGUUUAGUAUGAUAUGGGCUUGUACUGUAGGUUUCUGUUUAAUUUGCAUGACACUUUGUUGUCAUAUACUUCUACUUUCAACUUCCAAUGGGUCACUGAAUAACUGGAGCCUCUGUAGGACUAGAGCUGUGGUGUCAUUGGUCACCAUGGUGAUGGUGGUUUUGUCCCAACAGGGUCGGGGUUCAGGCCGCAGGAGGACAGAGAUGGAUGACCAGGACAAGCCAUACAGCUGUAACAGUAAGUAGAAAAGUCAAGAAAUAAUCAACCUUCCUCACAUAUCGGAUCAAUUAUUAUAUCAUCCAGUUAUGAGACAUUUGAUCUUCACUUCAAGGGGUUGGUUUUGUUAAGGACAUUCUCCUGAAGAGAGAUUAUGUACAACCAUGCCUCAAUAAGCUAGUUAUUCAAAAGUUAUAUUGAUUUCUCAGGUCUGUUCUGGAAGUCUUUCUACAAAGGGAUUAGGUGCUCUCAAAUGAAAUCCCAAGUUCAAUAACAUUGGGAAAUGGCAGCACUCCAAAAUGUAAAAAAAAAAGAAGAAAAAAAGAGAUCACCUCAUUUUACCUUUUUAUUUUCGGCUGUGCAGGCUAACGCUUUUCGGCAGUUAUGCCUUCAUCAGAGCACCAAGAGAUGUGCCAAACCAUAGUUUUUUUAUGCAAGUGCCUAGGUGAUAAUUACAGUUGGCCACACCUGUGUGAGGGUGGUGCAUAGUAGUAUUCAAAACAUUAGUCAACAAACACAGGGACGCUGGCUCAUGUUGACUCCAAUGCUUCCCAGAGUUGUCAAGUUGGCUGGAUGUCCUUUGGGUGGUGGACCAUUCUUGAUACACACAGGAAACUGUUGAGCGUGAAAAACCCAGCAGCGUUGCAGUUCUUGACACAAACCGGUGCGCCUGGCACCUACUACCAUACCCCGUUCAAAGGCACUUAAAUAUUUUUGUCUUAAGGGCCUCCCGAGUGGCGCAGCAGUCUAAGGCACUGCAUCGCAGUGCUAGAGGCGUCAUUACAGAUCCGGGUUCGAUCCCGGGCUGUGUCGCAGCUGGCCGUGACCGGGAGACCCAUGAGGCGGCGCACAAUUGGCCCAGCGUCGUCCGGGUUAGGGGAGGCUUUGGCCGGCUGGGAUGUCCUUAUCCCAUCGCGCACUAGCGACUCCUUGUGGCGGCCAGGUGCAUGCACGCUAACUUCGGUCACCAGAUGUACAGUGUUUCCUCCGACACGUUGGUGCGGCUGGCUUCCGGGUUAAGCGGGCAGUGUGUCAAGAAGCAGUGCGGCUUGGCAGGGCUCUCGACCUUCGCCUCUCCCGUGUCCGUACGGGAGUUGCAGCGAUGGGACAAGACUCUAACUACCAAUUGGAUAUCAUGACAAGGGGUAAAAAAAUAUAUAAUAAUACAAAAAAAAAAGUGUCUUGCCCAUUCACCCUCUGAAUGGCACACAUACACAAUCCAUGUCUCAGUUGUCUCAAAGCUUAAAAAUCCUUCUUUAACCCGUCUCCUACCCUUCAUCUACACUGAUUGAAGUGGAUUUAACAGGUGACAUCAAUAAGGGAUCAUAGCUUUCACCUGGAUUAAUCUGGUCAGUCUGUCAUGGAAAGAGCAGGUGUCCUUAAUGUUUUGUACACUCAGUGUAUAUACAUAAAUACAUAUACACAGAUCAGUAGAAUAAACUCGACAAAUAGCAUUUGGGGAUUAGGUGCUGUGGUUCCCCGUGGACGGCAUGUCAACAAGCUAGACCACAGGCGUUAACUCAAACUAAAUAAAACCCUAACAUAUCAACAUGAUAUAGAUAAUAGUCAUUCAAAUCCCCCUUGGAGAACAUUUAUCAGAGGCAUGUGUUUCCUCAUGAAUGAGAAGCACAGAGAAGAGACAAGUGUUGUCACUGUACCGUCUCAAGUAGUCUAGUAGGCAUACCAUUUGCAUGUGGAAAACCUAGGCAGGGGUAUUGGAUGUUCUUUUGUUGUGGUGACUCUUUCUGAGUGACACAUAUUCAUACCAAUUUCUUUCCUUUCUUUUUUUGUUUUGCUUUGUGUUUUCUCUGUUUCAGACAGAUGCAAACAAAAGCAUAAGUCAAAAACUGCAGCCUGCGGUAUCUGGACUUGUUGCCUUUUUUACUGGUAUUGUGUACUGUACAUCUGUUCUCUAAACAAUGAGUCCAUCUUGUGUGACUCUUACAUUUCUCCCUCACUGUCCCUAUGUUCCCACAUCAGGGUUAUGCUUUCUCCUGAUAGUGUUCCAUAUUACUGAGUAGUGAGCCAUUUCCCUGUAUUUUCAUUCCUUUCUCCAACAGAUAAGCUAAGCUCCACCAUUUUGAUCCUAUCAGUCUAUUUACAGAAUUCAACUUGGUUAAUUUCUCAAGGCGUGUUUUGUUAGUCUACAGAUAUGACCUUAUUUGGCAACCUUAUUGGGCACACUUGAAGAUGCAAUAAAGCCAUGUUGCAACAAUAAUGACAUGAAGGCUUAAAGGUUGAAAACUACCUGACACUGUGUCGGUGGGUAUUUGACCUAAUGUUGAAAUGGAUCGGAAUGUUUUCAGGGCAGUGACGAAACCAUUGUGAUGUAAGGGUCUUUUUGAAUUUUCACAAUCCCCAAUGUGUCUAGCUCUGAAGAAAGGUGACACAUAAAUGCAAUUUGUCUCAGACACAUUCUAAGAAGGGAAGAAGUGAAUGUUUUGUCUCUGUUUUGUGCUCUCAGUCUGUGGGAAGCGCUACAGGAACCGUACAGGGCUGAGUUACCACUACACCCAUUCCCACCUGGCAGAAGAGAGGGGGUCCGAGUCCUCCCGAUUACCCUCCACACAACGCUCCAACAGACACAAACGUAAGACACUCAAAACCAUAUUCAAGGCCUCUAAAAUGUAUCUCUUCUGGUGUCACCAUCAGCAACAGGAUACAGGAAUGUACAAAGAGUAAUGUGGGUGUGUUUUUAAACGUCAUUUCUAUUCCUAGUAUGUGAUUUGCAUAUUUGUUCGAGCUUUGUUGCAGUCAAUUAGCUAAAGUAGGGAUAGCCAUACCUCUGCAGGUGUAACACUGCACCAGGUUUAGGAAUCCUGAGCUUACGGUUUCACCUGCACCUCAUGGCUGACCACCUCCACUGGGCUCUCAACAUGUGAUUUCUGUCUUCAGUGCAAGUUCACUAGCUCCUUUUUAACUAACGAUGCACAUUAAUCAUUGUAAGGUCAGCCCUGUCUAAUGAGGUCUUUUGAAAACAUUAUUUUUUCAUAAAUUAUUAAAAUGUCUGAAUGCUUGGUUCAGGGCUCAGUAUUUGAUCCAGCCUUCUUCUGUUCAUCUUCUGCAGGUCAGAAGGGCCCAGGUGGGACUGCCAGUACCAAUAACUACUGUAACUUGUGCCAGUGCACCCCAGGCUCCAACAGGGGUAAAUCUGGGGAGAGGGUACCCUGCUCAGUCUGCCGGCGCUCCAGUGAGUACACUGCUCUGCUACACAGCAUCCAAACCAUGAUUAUUACUAAGCUGUACUGAUUUCUGUACUGUAGCUGAAAUGCCAUCCUCAUCCUGUCAUCUUGUUGCCAGCUGGCCGCCCAGAAGAGAAGGAGGACAGCAGGCCGUUUGCCGGGGCAGAGGAAAUGUUUGGCACCACCUCAGAGAGCGACACGUCCACAUUUCAUGGCUUUGAGGACGAUGAGCUUGAAGAGCCCUCGUCAAACGGCAAGGGGACGUUCAACCGAUACAGAUAGAGAAGAACUUACUAGGUUUAAAUACUAUUUUUAAUAUGGAUAACCUCUAGCAAAAGUCUGCUGCUUCUUUUUAAAUGUUUUUUGUUGUUGUGGAAAGCACAAGUGAUUAUUUCAGGAGAGAAAUACAAGAAGUGUUAUUUUAUUAUCUACUGAACCUUGUUUAAUAAUUUAUGAACAUGUUUUUUAUAUUAACUUUGAAAGCAACUGACAGCGUUUCUUGACAAGUGACUUGCUCUCCAUGUGAAACGGAAGGAAGAAUCAUUUCUUGGAUUUUUUCCCCCCGGAACAGAAUAGGCAAUUAUGUUAUGAACAAACACUGGAAUGUGGAUAUAAUUGUAUUGCUCUUUUUGGGAUGAUUUGCCAGAGAAAAUGAAAUUCAAUAAUUUAUCUGAAAUUAAACAACUUAAAUGAUAAACUUGAGUUUGGAUGAGGAAUGAAUGUCAACACCAACCCAUCCCUCGGCUUGUUGAUGUCACUGGAAUCACCAGGCAGUUUGGAAAGAGGAGCUUUUAGAUGACACCUCCACUGCUUCAUUCUCUGGAUUAUAAUAAUGUAAAAAUGAAGGAGGGAAGUGAAGGAUUGACGUGUGUGGAUGAAGCGGAGGGCUGGGAAGACAUAUCAGAAGCAGGGCAUGGCUAGCUGAAAGGUAAGCACCUAGGUCCUAUUCACACAUUAUAGAUAGUAGUACAGCGCUUUCUCAUUGAAAUACAAGGUGUAUCCUUAUUCCAUCAGAUCAUGCUAGAGGGCUUUGCACUUUGAAGAACAUUGAAUGUAAAACUGCUCAUGUUAAUCUCGAUCACCAUCAACAAAGAAAGAUCAAAACGACUGCUGCUGGUUUUAUGCCAGCUAUCUUGGAGAGGGGUGAGUCUGACCCAUUUCUCUCUGUUGUAGGAGUACCAUGGCAUGAGGAUCCAGAGGGCUGUGCAGCAAGUGAGGGGUGAGGUUCAGGACCCUCAACACUGGGCCUCAACACACCCCUCUACUGGACCUGAAGAACCUAUCAGGCUGACAGUCAGACACCAAACAGCCAUCCAACAGCUAUCCAGCCAGCCUGCCAGCAACCACAUAACCCCAUACUCCCCGACUCAGACCUUUUCUCUAUUUGAAGUAAUUUCCCCCUGAGAAUAUGUAUUGCUUAUACCAGAUGGAACGUAUAAAAUGAGUGGCUCCACAUACAGUGAGUCUCUCCUGUGCUGCAAUGCACUGUGCUGUACGGUACCUAUCCUGUAUAAGGAUAGGUCAGGGCUGUGGGUUCUGUGCCCACCGGGUGUGUUUGGACCCUGUGUCCCUCGCCCUGUGUGUUACUUCUCUAUGGCUGUGUCCACCAUGCCCAUGGGAUCCAAUGUGACACUGAGACGUCAUCACUGUGCCAGCCUGCGACCCAGGUGGGAAACCAGCUCUGACGGCCAUGAUGACCCAGUGACCUGACUGAACCACUCUGACCUCUAACUUCUGACCCCUGCCAUAGCGACAGUGCUGAACUCCCUCCGUCACUAAUACAACAAAACCUCUGGACUACUUAGACAUGCUGUUUUCUUCUCUUGCUCUCUUUAAUGUUUCUUGAACGGGUCAAACAAAAGUAGUUUGCUCUAAUCCCUUCCAUCUUCAAGGAAUUGUGCUAUAUUCCUUUGUUUUGAACAAAAUAUUGACAGAUUGGUUUCAUAGUGUAAUUUAAGUGUAUCUGCUGAUUAUUCUGAUGUCUUCUGUUUGUUCCGGCUUUGUUGAUACCUGUCUUUCUACAAUACCUACUAUUAUUACUACUACUACUAUUACUACUACAGUACUACUACUCAGGCGUAUGAUUUGUACUGCUGUUGAUUGUUCUAGUCUCUGCAUAAUGAUGCAGUCAGUAUCAAGCCACUCUCCCCUGCCUGCCUCGUGAUGAAUUCUAUUGGUCAAAAGGAUAGAAAUACCUGAUGAGGGUGUUGACAAGGAAUCAGAAAGGGCAAUAGAAUAAAAUGGAUGCCCAUGGUUUAGUCAUCAGACUAACACAUGUCUAUUUAGCCCAGCUUUAACAAACCAUUGCAAUAACAAAACAUUCUGAACUGUGCCCAACCAAGUUCUUGGGCACAUUACUCCAUGUUCUCUCCUUCCUCUGACUCACUUGUCAAACACUUUUGUCCAGAAUCACUUUUAAGUAACUGCCAAAAUAAAGGAAACACGUGUAAAUGAGAGAUACAAGGUAUAUUGAAAGCAAGUGCUUUCUGA